UAUUUGUGUUAUUAAAUUCGUCGAUCCAGGGAUGCAAUGCUGUGAUGCAAGUGAUCGCUUGCCAAUUGUAAAGUUCGCAUUCAUUACCUUCAAGUUUUUCAUUUUGGGUACUCGCUGAAGGAACGGAGCAUGCAUCUUUUCUCUCAACGGGGAUCUCUGCGUCAUAAUCAAAGGUAGGCGUUCGAUGACAGGCGAGAAAGUGGCUCUGGUGAAUGGGAUAUCUCAGGGAUGCAGAAGAACAUAGUGUACAAUAAGCAAAUGGUGCACGGGCAAUUGGUGGACACGGGGUCCUCCGGCUCGGACGACUUCUCUCCGGAUGAGGACCCAGUGAAAAAGCGACGCGAGAUUCUGGCUCGUCGUCCGAGUUACCGCAAGAUAUUUACUGAGCUUCCCGGCUCGGAACUCGCAGGUGAGCGCGUUGGGGAAAAGCAGGAUCGUCAGCGCAAAAAAGAUUUUUUUUCGUCUCCAGAGUAUCGGCAGAAAGUUCUUUUCAACUCCGAAUAUGUCAAAGAAGGCAGUCCGUCUUCAGACAGUCAAGAUGACACAGCCUCUUCAGGAAGCCACCACCUUGCUGCCCCAGGAGCAAGUCUGGGGUCUCAUGUUUUCAAAGUGAUACCCUCGGGGAGUAUUCAGGGCCAGAGUCCUACAAUGAGUGGUGCUGAUGGUGUUGUGCAAUACCGACCUAACCAGGAUGGUCAGCAGUUCUUCGUUCCUGUGUCAAUGUCGCCUGGAGAGUUACAAAGCUACGCGCUGCAGGGCGGUGGUGUAGUGAGUGGCGGCGGUCUUGGGACGCCGGUAGCAGUCAUGACCAGAGCUUUCUGGACACCUGUUACUUCAACUGAGAACAUUGUGGAAGAAGCGUCCCGGAAACGGGAAGUUCGGCUGAUGAAGAACCGCGAGGCGGCCCGGGAGUGUCGUCGCAAAAAGAAGGAGUACAUCAAGUGCCUCGAGUCUCGCGUCGCGGUGCUUGAGUCCCAGAACAAGGCCCUCAUUGACGAGCUCAAGUCCCUCAAGGAGCUCUAUUGUCCUAAGGCCGAGUGA